GUCCUCGCGUGACGUACGUCGUCACAAGACACGCGAUAAUACAGCUACGAGUCACAUGAAAGAGUGUAGUUUUUCCCCCUUCAUGCUGGAUGUAGCGUCAAAGUAUUUGUUUUCAUAUCCGUGUCUUGUCUGGAGUAAGAGACAUGGAUGAGGACGGACUUCCGAUUACGGGCUCCGGAGUUGAUCUAACGACGGUUCCUGGCAUUCAGCAGAGAAGAAUUGUCGCUUUCCUCAACCAGUUCAUCGUCCAUACUGUUCGCUUCCUUAACAACUUCUCCACAGUGUGUGAAGAGAAACUCUCCAACAUAUCCCUCCGCAUACAGCAGAUUGAGACCACGUUGUGCAUUCUGGAGGCCAAGCUGUCCUCCAUCCCCGGACUGGAGGACGUCACAGUAGAUGGAGUAGGACCUGCCCCAACCGUCCAGACCAACGGAACCAGCGCUCCAAGUCAGACAGAUGGUCCACCAGUUGUGAUUCUUCCACCUUCAGAGGCUCCGAGUCCUCACAGCACUCCAGAAGAUGUGAUCAAGGAAGUAAACGUAAUGACGGUAGCCAAGGAUCCUCGCUACGCCAGAUAUCUGAAGAUGGUUCAAGUGGGCGUCCCAGUGAUGGCCAUCAGAAAUAAAAUGACCAUGGAAGGUUUAGACCCGGACUUGUUGGAUAAGCCAGACGCCCCGGUGCCUGACGGAGGAGGACAAAGUGCACAGGAUGCGGACGCCAACACUUCGGAUAGCGAGUCGUCCUUUAGCGACUGAUAAAUGUCCCCGCCGAAUUAGAUGUUUACCGAUUCCAAGUGCACUAUUGUGUAGUGUAAAGCAUUUCAGUUGCUAUUCUACUACAACUACCACAGUCUUGAACGACACUCAAAAUGUCCGAGGACGUUCUAGUUCUCCACCAAGCCCAAUUAAGUCAAAAGCAUUUAACUGCAAAGUUGCAGAAAUCUAAUAUGUUUGUUUUUAAGUAGACUUUCGCCCCCGACCCCCGGGAGGGUGCCGCAUUUAAAUACUUAUUUUAUUACAGUAACAUCAAAAGCCGCUGUACUACUACGCAUAUUAUUAUUUUAUUGAACUGUUUCAGCAACAGUUUAUAACUUGAAAAAAUAAAAAUAAAUUGUGCUCUUAUUCUUU